GCAGCAGAUGAGCCUGCCUACCUGACAGUGGGAACUGAUGUCAGUGCCAAGUACCGUGGUGCCUUCUGUGAGGCAAAGAUUAAGACAGUGAAAAGGCUUGUGAAAGUCAAGGUGGUCCUGAAGGGCGAUAACUCAACACAGUUAGUGCAAGAUGACCAAGUGAAAGGACCUCUAAGAGUUGGUGCAAUGGUUGAAACCAAGAUGCCUGAUGGAUCCUUCCAAGAAGCUGUUAUCAGCAAGUUGACGGAUGCUAGUUGGUAUACUGUAGUUUUUGAUGAUGGUGAUGAAAGGACCUUGAGACGAACUUCACUAUGCUUGAAGGGAGAAAGGCACUUCGCAGAAAGUGAGACGCUUGAUCAACUGCCGCUAACCAACCCAGAGCACUUUGGAACUCCAGUUAUUGGGAAGAAAUCUAAUAGAGGAAGAAGGUCUUCUCUUCCUGUUACUGAAGAUGAAAAGGAAGAAGAAAGUAGUGAAGAGGAGGAUGAAGAUAAAAGGCGCCUCAAUGAUGAAUUGCUUGGCAAAGUUGUGAGUGUGACGUGUAAUUCUGAGAAGGCAGACUGGUAUCCAGCUCUGGUUGUGUCUCCCAGCUGUAAUGAUGACGUCACAGUGAAAAAGGACCAGUGUUUAGUUCGAUCCUUUGCAGAUUCCAAAUUUUACUCAGUAGCAAGAAAAGACAUUAAAGAACUAGAUGUUCAAAACUUACCAAAAUCUGAGUCCUCCCCUAAAAAAGGGCUACAGGAGGCAAGCACGUUUCUCAACACGAAGGGCGUUCCUCGGAGCUGGAAAAUGGACAUAAGUGAAAUUCUCGAGUCCUCUAGCAGCGAUGAGGAAGAUGGAGCUGCUGCAGAAACUGAUGAAGAGGAAGAAAAGAGAGAAGAGAAGACUGAAGACGUAGCG